AUGUCAUCUAAAGGCUGGCUCGACAUCCACGCACAUUUCUAUCUUCCUCAAUCACCCAGUGAAGCAGAGGCACUCGCUAAGGCCUUUCGAGAUGUUUGCUUCAUGAUUGACCGUCCAGUAACGUGGAAUGUCCAGUCAAUUCUCGACUACAACAACCGUGCAAAUAUCCAGAUGCAGAUGCUCUCAUACAUCCCACAAAACAACCCUGAAAAGCUUAUAGCAGCCAAUAACUACGCAGCGAGGCUUGUGAAAGAAAAUCCGGACCGUUUUGGGCUUCUGGGAGCACUCCCGACUGACGACCCGGACCUGUGUCUAAAAGAGAUUGAGCGGUUGACGGCUCUCGACAUACCUGCUGAUGGCUUCGCGACAAGUACGAUUUUCAACGACGUUGGUUUGGGGGAUCCCCGUCUUGAUCCGGUUUGGAAAGAUCUCAAUGCUCGCAAAGCAGUUGUGCAUAUCCAUCCAAACGCCGGAUCACAGCCAUCGCACGGCCGUCCGUCACCAGUAAUUGAGGUGGCUUUUGAUACAGCGCGAACAGUUGUGGACAUGCUCUAUAAUGGUGUUUUCCGUCGUUAUCCGAAUAUCAAAUUUGUCCUAGGCCAUUGUGGCGGCGCUCUUCCUGUUUUAUCUGGUCGAUUGUCAUUGCUCGGAACAGAAUCGUGGGUGCCUAACCCGAACAAGCUUACAAGGAGGGAAAUCGAGCAGCAACUUGGUCGUCUUUAUGUUGAUACAGCCGCUACUGCAAAGACGGGACUUUCGCCUGCUGUGCAGAUGGUGGGUGUUGAUCAUGUCAUAUACGGAGCGGACUGUGGAGUGCCAUGUUCAACCGAGUUGACCAUGGAGGAGAACAAAACUGAUGUUCUGGAUUGGGAAUUGAAGAAUGAUGUCCCAAAAGGUACAAUUUUGACGAACGGGUGGCCGCUAUUCCCUCAAGCCGCCAUAAGAGCGGGCAUAGAAUUGUAG